GGAGCGUAAGGUUGAUUUUCGGUGGGUGUGUCUAGUGAGUUGUCGGUUAUUUAAAAGAAAAUUCUGUUGCGCAAAACCUCUUGCGUAUGCUCCCUCAAAAGCGAAACUCUUUAUUGUUUUAAACACACCCAGAAAACACCAAUAUGGAUUUCGAAGACUCAUUUGCCUCAGCACCCGUUCGAUAUGCACUCGAUGACAUUGACAGUGACGAGGAACUCGAAGCCUGUGUCAACAACCAAAAAGUUUCUGUGCAAGCAAAGAUUACUAUGGAUUCAGACAAUUGUCAAAGCAACUUAACUUUAGUGCUUGGUCUGGACGGACCGGGCAACGUGUACAUUCAUUCUCUCGAAGGAAAGCUAGCUGUUAUUGGAACUGUUACUCGUUUUGUUGAUGACAAGGAUGCUGAAGUUAAGGCUUCUAUCCUCCAGUUGAGCGAUAAACAAACUCUAUUUAUACCCUUCGAUGGUGCUAUUCAACCUGAAGAAGCAGGACAAUAUACCAAGGCAGUUUUAAAUGGUUUUGCUGGAAAGAUCGAAAAGGUAGUUGUAUUAGAUUCAUUCACAGCAGUUGGAUAUACGAGUGAGGUUUGGGGAGAUGAUUUGACACCACCCUUCUUACGAGUGUUACAAACAUCUGCAUCGCCUACCAUCAAGGACUUAACUUUAUAUGAAUCACCCAAUAUGAUCAAAGGAUUGGCUGCGUCAAUUGUGAAUCAUUGCGAAAUACAUUCUAUUCCGUGUUACGAUUUGUUAACCCUUCAAGAAUCCAUCUAUGGUAAACUGUUGAUUACUGUGGAGAUCUUACAAGCUUACGAUGAAGGAUUAAAACAGUUGGGUUUAAAGGUCCACUUUAAUGAAAAAUUGAUGAAUGAGACUUUAGCCUCUCGUCAUAGCGGCCGUGUAGAUGACAAUCAUCAUCGUCUGUACCUUUAAAAGAAAUAAACUAUGAAGAAUUAAAUGGUUGU